CAGAGACGGCAAUUGCCAGCUUCCUCCCUACUCUGUCUUGUGAUUCAAAGCAGACUCCGCUCCACCUUUUAAAAAGGGGAGCACAUUAAUGCUGGCCACCCACAAGAACAGAAUCGAGCAAGGAGGCACAACAGUCUGAUGCAAGAGUCCGUGAGAAGCCUCCCUGCCUCCAUGCGGCUGGCCCUGUUUACGCUCUUCCUGCUUCACCCCUGCCUCCAUGGAGGACACAGCGACCUCCGCGAGGACCUGACCUUGCUGAAGACUGACCUUGCGCUUCGCCUCUACCAGCACACGGCAGCCCCUAGAAAUGUCAGCAACGUUGUCAUUUCUCCUGCCGGUGUGUCCCUCCCUCUGGAGAUCCUGCAGUUUGGAGCCCAAGGGAACACUGGCCGGCAGCUGGCACAGGCUCUGGGUUACACCGUCCACGACCAAAGAGUGAAUGAGUUCUUACACGCUGUUUAUGCCACACUACCCAACUCCGGCCAAGGCACCAAGAUGGAGCUGGCCUGCACCCUUUUUGUGCAAGCAGGAACGCCACUGUCCCCCUGCUUUGUGGAGCAGAUCUCCCGGUGGGCCAACAGCAGCGUGGAGCCAGCCCACCUCAGUGAACCCGAUGGCACCAGCCUCCGGGCCAGUGAAUGGGCCUCUAGGAAGAUCACAGCUGGGACCAAUGAGAGCCUCCCACCCGCCUGGCAAAGGAUGAAGCACGGUCUUCAGCAACAGCUAGUUACAAACGCUACAAUUCCCCGACUAAGGAUACUAACAAGCGUGCUACAAAGCCAACCUCAGGGAUGCCCCAGAACCCUCCAGGACAGGGGCGCCGGUCUCGGCAACACAGUCACUGUCUCACUUGCAGGUGACGAGCCAGGUGGCACAGUGUGGGAGCAUGGCGGCGGUGCCGCCCUUGCCCGGCUGGCACUGGUGAGCACCAUGUCCUUCCAAAGCACUUGGCGGCAGAGAUUCUCCUCCGCGGACACUCAACUCCUGCCUUUCACCGGUGCCCAGGGCCUCGUCCUCCAAGUGCCCAUGAUGUACCAAAUGGCCGAGGUCAACUACGGCCAGUUCCAGGACUCUGCAGGCCAUCCGGUGAGGGUGCUAGAGCUGCCUUACCUGGGAAGCACAGUGAGUCUUCUCCUGGUUCUGCCACGGGACAAAGACACCCCACUGAGCCUCAUUGAGCCACACCUCACAGCCAGCAUUCUCCACAUCUGGACCUCCAGCCUCAGGAGAGCCAGAAUGGACGUGUUCCUGCCCAGAUUCAGGAUCCAAAAUCAUUUCAAUUUAAAAAGCAUUUUAAAUUCUUGGGGAGUCACCGAUCUUUUUGAUCCACUCAAAGCUAACUUGAAAGGAAUUUCAGGCCAAGAUGGCUUUUACGUUUCCGAAGCAAUCCACAAAGCCAAGAUUGAGGUUUCGGAGGAAGGCACCAAGGCCUCUACAGCCACAGCUCUGUUGUUACUGAAAAGGUCUCGGAUUCCUUUUUUUAAAGCAGAUCGGCCAUUCUUCUUUUUCCUGAGAGAACCCGACACAGGUAGGGCAGCAUUUUUUGACAGAAUUCAGAUAGAUAUGUAUCAGCAUCUUUCUAGCAAGAAGCGCCCAUUUGUCCACUGUGGCCUAGAACAAGCAUUCCUUCUAGCUAGUUUCUAUGGCUUCGGAAGAUUCCCAGUUUCUUGUCGCUUGUCGCCUCGCUUUCUCAUCACUGUAGGACGAAAGAUAGUUCCUUCAGGGGACUAG